GCAGCACCGGGGGCCACAGAACGCCUCUUCUGCCCUGUGGUUCCUGGAGGGAGCCUCAGCCUCUACGAAGAUGACUUGGAGACAGGUCCUCCUCUUGUCCUGCCUCUCAGCCGUGGUGCUCCUGUCCUUGCUGCGGGAGGGGACCGGUGCAUCGGUGGGCACCAGACAGACAGCAGGAGCAGAGGACCAGGAAGGUGUGAAACAGGAGAUUUUCAUGCAAGAAUCAGAUGCCUCAAAUUUCCUCAAGAAGCGCAGCCAGCGGUCCCCCAAAUCCCGAGAUGAGGUCAACGAACAGGAAGAGAGGAACCGGGAGGCAGUGGAGCAGUGGCGCCAGUGGCAUUAUGACAGCCUGUACCCACCGUAUCUGUACAACCGCCACCACACCUGACCUCAGCCUGCAGCAGGUGGGAAGAUGCAGCUUGGAACUCCACCCCCCACCACCAUGUUCGAGCAACUCUCUCCCCAACAAAUGGGCCCCUUCAGAGGGUCUCAGCUGGAUGCAGUGGCCACAGGCUGAUAAAUACAUGUGCCUUUGUGCUGAUGCA